CAAGCCAACACAAAGCGCAAAGUAACGGAUUCCACAAGGAAGGAUCAAGCCGCUGUGGAUUGAUAAUAUAGAUGAGUGGGUGUAUUCGCAAGCGAAGUAUUUUUGUGGAACCCUUGAAUGACUGGAUGCCUUCCAUUAAUCUCCUUUUAGGUAUUUCACUGGAACGAACGACACAGAUUGUACAAUUUAUCUUUAUCGGGAUGAACCGCCGAGGCAGGUCCGGCAUCUUAGACGUGAGCUUUCCUGGAAUUUCAUGGAACUGCAGAGGUGAUCUUUGAUGUUUGCUGAGUGGUCAUUUGAGCUUGGUAAACACACGUUUCUCUGCCAAUGUUCCAAUCCUGCUGAGAAAGCUCUCGUCUGGACCCCCUGCUGUCACCCCCUCUUUUUCGAACCUGUGCCAGAGAGUCAAGGUUGAUGAUUAGACAGAGAGUAACAGACACACCAGUCGUUGACCCCAUUAAGUCAACAGUGUGGAGGAGAGAGCGGGGCGGUCCAACCGCUUUGCUGUCAAGCUGACACAGACGUCUUGGCCGUGUGACCCAGGCGUAUAUAUUUAGUGUAUGAAUUGGAUGCAGAAAUGAGAAGGGCCCAGGGUUUUUUUCACACGGUCACCGUAUAACGGAUUUUCGUUGGAGAAGAGGCUGUCUUUUUCACCAUAUUCAUCAGAGGAGGGAAUAAGGAUUAUCAUCGAAAAAGCUUUCUGUAAAACGGAUCUUUCGCUGCCGAAUUUUUAUUGGACCUAUCGCAUCAGUCGACCCCUUCAAACAUUUUGGGCGUGUGUGUGUGUGUGUGUGUGUGUGUGUGUGUACAAAUAUACAACUCAAACUGGUUGUAGCCCAGUCAGGAUGGAGAUCUUUGGGACAGUGCAGAAUCGGAAAACUCUCUGUGGAGAGACUAAGGGAGAGACAGUAUUUCACUGAUAGUGACGCUUUCCUACAAGGAUCUGCUUCUCCUGUGAGCUGCUUCUGAGGAAAAGAAAAAAAAAAUACAGAAACUACCACUAUGGCUAUGUUCAAGCGUUGGAAAAUCAGGACUUUGACUGUGCUCUUCUGCAUCCUAACCUUCACCACAUUUCUGUGUAGCUACACCCUACGCGACCCGUCCUUCUAUUUCUUUAAAUACGCUUUUCGCCUCUCGGAUAAUUUCUUCUCCAAGGGGGCGUGUGCCUGUCGACACUGUAUGACCGAAGCGGACGAUGAUCCUUGGUUCACGGAACGUUUCAAUCAGUCGUUCCACCCGCUGCUGUCCAAGAGGAACAGCUUGCUCACUGAGGACACCUACAGGUGGUGGCAGUGGCUGCAGGCGGAGAGACACCCGGCGAAUUUCAGCGACGUGGUAGACAGAUUAUUCCAGCUCAUUCCGGGUGAGGACCGCUAUGUGGACGCAGGACCUGAGCGCUGUCGGACCUGUGCUGUAGUGGGGAAUUCUGGGAAUCUCAAAGAUUCCCGUUACGGCUCUCUGAUUGACUCCAGCGAUUUCAUCAUCAGAAUGAACCAGGCUCCCACUCAGGGCUUUGAGGUGGAUGUGGGCAGCAGGACCACUCAUCAUGUGAUGUAUCCUGAGAGUGCAGUGGACCUGGACAACACGACCAGCCUGGUUCUGAUCCCUUUUAAAACCCUGGACCUGGAGUGGAUCAUUAGCGCCUUAACCACUGGCUACAUCACACACACGUACUUGCCAGUGAUGUCCAGGAUUCAAGCAAACAAAGACAGGGUUUUGAUAUAUAGUCCCAGCUUCUUUAAAUAUGUACAUGAAGCCUGGCUGGACAGCCAUGGAAGGUAUCCUUCAACCGGUUUCCUGACCUUAAUCUUCGCCAUGCACAUAUGCGACCAGGUGAGCGUAUACGGGUUUGGAGCAGACCAGUAUGGAAACUGGCACCAUUACUGGGAGGAAAACCAUUUGGCCGGCGCGUUUCGUCACACGGGAGUGCAUGAUGGUGACUACGAAUAUAACGUGACCUUGCUGCUGGCAGACAAACACAAGAUCAAACUGUUUAAAGGAGGCUGAACACAGAGUGCCUGUGGUUUAGAUGGCUUCACACUUAACAAACAGGCCUUAACAUAUGACAAAACAGGCCUUAUACACACAACAAACAGGGCUACCUAAGUACAUGGACCGCAGAACCUUCAGUUACACUCCCCCCAGGACGAAAACAAAUGAGUUUCUCGUGCUUGUCUGUUAUUUUCCGAUGCUGAGACAGCAUACUUUGCAUACUCUGGAAUGAGAAGGGACAAGAUAUUAACAAUACACACACACGCGCACACACACACACA